GAUUUGAAACAACUUUAACUGAUCUAGCUGCCGUCGUGGAUGAUGUAUUAAAAGAAAAUGUUCGACGUAAUUUAUUUAUUCUCAAUAAUCAACUUCACAAUAAUGAAAAAUUUCAACAUAAAGCUUACGUUAAAGUAUUAGAUUGGACAACACAACUUUCUUCUGAUUUUACUCCCCCGUAUGAUUAUAUUGUUGCUACUGAUUGUAUCUAUUCAUUGGAUCUAAUUCCUUAUUUUGUAAAAUGGUUAUAUGAUCUUUCUAGUGACAAAUCUGUAAUCGUUUGUGGAAUGGAAAGAAGAGAUCCGAUUGUUAUAGAUAACUUUUUGAAUGAAUGCAAGGAAAAAUAUUCUUUUAAUAUUUCUAAAAUUCCUGUUAACAAAUUAAAAAAAAUAUUAAAGAAAAUCGAUAAUUUGAGUGACGAAAAACUAACACAG